AUGGCUGAAACACCACAACUACCCCCGCUCGAUCCCAGGUUCGAGAUUCGUCAACUUAAUGAAGAUGACAUUUUGUGGGCUGCUGCUAUUUUGGCAUAUACUAAUGUAUUCUACUCGACACACUGGGCUACAAUAUACCCAGAUGAAAAGCCCAAGCGUCUUUACGCGACUACAGAUGCCAAUGUCUUUCUCAUUGGGAAGUACGGUCCCAGUCUAUGCUACGGCGUCUUCGAUAAAAAUUACAGCUUCAAGAGGCCUGAGUCGGCCGCCACUGGCGGGAAACUUUACUGGGACUACAGUAAUCUCAACGCCACGAAAGAGGAACUUCUCGAGCAGAUGGACUUUCCUCUCGUAUCCAUUGCUUUGUCCUACGACGGGAACAGUCCACCUGGUUUCACUGAAAUGAAACCUCUGAUUGACUGUUUACCCCUAUUAGGCACCAUUUACCAGCAGCUGGCACUUCUUGACAAGCGUGACCCGGAAUCAUGGAAAGCCAAGAAUCCUGGAGAGGUGCUGCAACGAUGUGGCACCUCAACACGAGCCGAUUACGAGGGCCAAGGCAUCAUGAAAGCGUUGGCACACUUUCUGAUGUACGAGAUGGCAGCGAGAGGGUAUAGAGGAAUUCAGAUUGAAACAUCCAGUGACAAGGCACAUCGAGUCUGGAUGAACCCACCAGCGCCUUUCAAGGCGUCCCUCAUCUCUGAGUUGGAUUCACAGGAGUACGAGGAGGAGAAGGACGGGAUCAAGUUCAAGCCGUUUGCCCCGAGUCAACAGAAAAUGACUAAAGUAUACGUUACCCUGAAAUCUGAGGCAUAG